UUGUAAUCUUUGUUUGUCUGAAGUUUUGAGCAGAGAGAGAAAGUAAGAGAGGAGCUUGCGGAGAUCGUUUUGGGUACUUGUUAUUCAGGUGAACAAACGGGAAUGAACUUAUCCGAGCAAGGUUUAGACUUAUUUGGUGAAGAUUACGAAGAUGAUGAUGGACAAGUGAAAGAAGAAGGGAACCCAGAUGAGAGUCGCCGAUCCUCUUCUGCUUCUUCAUCAGCUGCAUCUUCUUCAUCUUCAUCGGCAUCUUCGUCCAAUCGAAGCAAUAGCAGUGGAGACAGCGGAAGUGGUAGCGGUAGUGGAAGCGGAAGCGCUAGUGGUGGAGAUGACGGCGGGGAUGAUGAGGAUAAUGGAGAAGUUAGGUCGAAUCAUUAUAUUGAAGACGAUGGAAAAGAUCUUUUUGGUUCUGAUAAUGAAGAUUAUGUCAAGACACCUGCUGUUAGUACUUACCCAGUUCCUGCUUUGCCCCCAGUAGUCCGUGCUUCUAUCGAUCACCAGGCUACUAGAGGGGGUCGUGGGCGUGGACGCUGGCAGAAUGAUAGAGGAGCAGGUCUUCUUCCUAAACCUAGCGGGGCUUAUUCUCAAAGAGGGGGCAGAUAUGGCUAUAAUCCAAGAUAUAAUAGUGCUCGUCAAGAUGAAAGAUUUGUUUCAGAGUUGAGGCUUUCAAAAAGUGAAGAAACGCUGGCAAGGAAAGGUAUAUCCCUUCAGGAGCCUAGUGAACUUGCUUUCUACAGUCGAGUGGAAAGUGGGGAAGUUUUUUUUGAUGAGCGCAGCCUGAGGCUCUUUAAUCGACUUACAACAAAUCCCAUUGGAGUAGACUUGAAUCAAGGCUUUGAAACUUUUAUUGAGAAGAAAGAUUUGGGAUCUCAAGGAUUUGGCAACCUUCUUGCUGCCAUUAGGAACAAGAAUAUCUCACUUCAGAACAUGCACUUUGUGACUUUCCGAAAUAACCUCAACAAGAUAAUGGCUACUGCUUAUAUCAGGAACGAGCCUUGGGAAAUGGGUGUUCACAAAAGAAAUGGAGUUGUGUUUUUGGAUGUGCAUAAAAUUACAGAGCAGCCAAAGAGUUCGCAUCACGAACGAUGUUGCUACUGGGGAUAUGCUUUUGAAUCCCUUGCCACAGAUGAUUCUAAUAGAGGGCCUACCGCAGAAAUACAUCAUAUCAACGCCAAUGUUGAGUUUUGUUCUGUUGUUAAGACCAAAUUAGGACCUCAUCGCAUCCUAAUGGGCGCUGAAAUGGAUUGUUGUGAUUCACCUGAUAAUGGAAAAAGAUUUUAUAUUGAACUUAAGACGAGCGUUGAGUUGGAUCAAUAUAAUGAGGAAAAAUUUGAGAGAGAGAAAUUGCUUAAGUUCUGGAUUCAAUCAUUCUUAGCCGGAGUACCUUACAUUAUUAUUGGAUUUAGGAACGAUGCAGGCGUGCUUGUGCGAACAGAAAGACUUAGAACCAAAGACAUCACUCAUAGAGUGAAGAUGAAGGGAUAUUGGCAGGGCGGAGCUUGCCUAGGUUUUGCUGAUGAAGUUCUGUGCUGGUUGUAUGGAACUGUUAAAGAGAAUGAAAACUACAUUUUGCAGUUUGUUCAUCCAUUCACCCGCUUAGAACUCCUAACAACAAAUUCAUGUCCAGAGGAAAUCACCAAUCAUGUCGAGCAAUUAUAGCCCACCGAUUAAAAGAAUCCCACUGUGUUUUAUAUAGAUCUUCGUGAAAGCAAACAAACAAGGCCUUUACCCUGCGAUAUAUCUCUGGCCAGACUGUUUUCAAGAAAACUUCAAAAUGCAGGCAGAAAAGAGGGCUGAUGAUGACUAACAACCUUAACAAGGAAAGGCACAUCAUAAUUUUGUUGUUAUUUUUGAAGAUCAAACUUACCUUUGGAAUUCUUGCCAUGUAGCAUAUAAUAAAGAUUAUAAUACUUAUGUUAAUCUUAAAAUUAUUCUUGUAUUUCUGAAAACCUGGACUAAAUGGUCCGCGGUUGUGGGAUGAUUUCGAUUCUAUUUUUAUUGUUUAACUUGCUUACAUACUAGGGAAAACUAGGAUUGAAGUCAUUAUAAUUUGCUUGAAUUUGUUUACAAGUUCAUGGAUAAUCUUUAUUACUGUCAUUGUAAUAGACUUAUAUGCUUUUUCAUUAAAAUUUCAGUAGCUAAUAUAUUUGUCUUU